GCGGGGCGGAGAAAUAAGAUUGCAUAAUGUGUUUACUUCUCUCAAUGAUUUUAACGAGCAAUAUAUAAAGUGAAAUAUUUAUAAUCAGAGAACAACAUCAAGUCGCAUCUUCCACUUGGGUGUAAACUAACAAAAAUACAAAUUUACAUCCGAACAAGAGUUAUACAGCUUUUCUUGUUCGUCGAAUAUUAAACAAACUGAUAUGAACAAAGGUUAAUACCAUUGUUGGACGGUGACUAAAAUUAUAUUUCCUGACAUAAAUUUAUUCCGUUCACAUUGCUAUCACUUUUCGAGACGAUAGAUGUUUCGAUCGUACUAUAUUUGUCAUAUCUGCUCGGUAUGAUUAAGCAUUUUAACAACCUUGGUUAGCAACACAGGAAUAAAGCGGUAAUUACGUGUCUUAUAGAAAAGAUAACGAGCUAUAUUUGACGAUGGCAAACGGUUUUCAAGGUGGAAGUAAGGGAGAACAACUCUCAAUACGGUAAAUAUUUUCAAGUGGGGUUUUUGCAAAUACUGGUACAGAAUAGUGAAAGUGAUAUAUUUUCAAUAAUGAAAAUAUUAGUAGAGUGAUACUUUUCCAAUUCCUAUAUUAAUUUGUAGAGGUAUUUGCACGAAAUCCAUGCGCUGCUGAAUCGUAACUGAUAACACACUUGCCAGUCAUAGAUAUAAUAAACAUCACGCCUUCAGGACACUCCUCACAAGUCAUUGAACUUUCAUCUGACUGCGACUAUUGUUGCUUCUCUGCCAAACUUACAAAAUGACGUCCACUGGUCCAGAAAAUUACCUGCCUUACUAUGCCGAAGGAAACGUAGUCAAAGGAUUUGGUCGGGGCAGCAAACAACUUGGUUUUCCCACAGCAAACCAUGAUGAAGAAGUAGUUAGUAAAUUACCAUCUAGCAUGGACAAUGGUGUCUACUAUGGUUGGGCAAAUGUUGAUAAAGGACCAGUUUACAAAAUGGUCCUUAGUAUUGGAUGGAACCCCUAUUAUAAAAAUGAAAAGAAAUCUAUGGAAACUCAUAUAUUGCACACCUUCAAAGAAGAUUUCUAUGGUCAUUUAUUAAAAGUCAUUAUAGUAGGCUAUCUUCGACCAAUGGCAGAUUUUAAUGGUCUUGAUGAACUAAUUAAAGCUAUAGAAAAUGAUAUUGAAAAAGCAUCAACUCUUUUGGAAAUGCCGAACUUUUUAUCUUAUAAAGAUGACAACUUCUUUGGAGCUGACGAGCAAAGUUGAUUAUCAGUGAGCAACAAGAAUGGAACAUUCUUUAUACAUCUACUUCAUUGUGAUGAUUGUUAAAUAUUAAUAUACAAUAAGCAUUAUAUUUUAAAUUAUAUUGUUGAUUCUGUUGAAAAUACCAUGUUAAUUCCAUAACAUUCCCUUCUGCAAAUUUUUAUUAAAUCUAAAUGAAAAGGAAAAAAAAAAACACAGUUACAUACAUGUGUAUACAAGUCAUCUAUUGAUGGUGUCAUAUUAACUGACACACAGAUGUAAAUAAUUUAUUUGUUGACUGUAAAAUUUACAGAAAUAUACGAACAUAGAUAAUUCAUUUAUUGACAGUGCAACACAGACAUAUAAUUUUCAUUUUUUGAUGAAAGUCUAUAGACAUAUCUACUAUUUGUGUAAAAUUUACAGGCACAGACAUAAAUAUUUCAUCUGUUGAUGGUAUAAUAUUUACUGAUGCAGAUAAGUCAUCUGUUAAUGGUCUUUAGAAUAUGACUGCUGAACAGAUUUUUCAAUGAGCUUCAAGGAAGGUUUUGUCACAAGUCUUUGAUAUAUUGUCUGAUGUGUUCUGUUGUGCAUCCUUUGUGGUUUAUGCCAUCAAAUGGGUCCAAUGUCAUUGAAUGAUUUCUCUUAUGAACAAAUGACCAAAUCUUCUUUGGAAGCAAAUGCAGAGUUUAAUAAAUUAAGUAAUGUAAAAAGAAUGGAAUUCAUAUUUUUCUCGUUUCUAAGUAUGAGGUCACUAACAAUGCAAGUGAAAUUAAGCAGAAUGAUUGAAUCCAGAUGAUUUUACAAUCUGAUUUCACUUCCUGAUUUGGAGCCAUAGAAUUUUCAUUAAUUCAUUUCUACCUUUUUUUUGUGUAAGAUAUAUCAUGAACACCUCACAAUCUCAAUAGUCACUCUGCUCCAAAUCUUUUUUGCUUUAUGCAAAUGUAAGCAGGUGAUAUUGUGUAAUGUUAAAUGAAAUAAAAUAGGUGUUUAAAUAUUUCUAUAUUUCUUAGCUGUUUGAUUAACCAGCUUAAAUUACAUUAUCAUCAGAAGUCACUGACCAAAACCAAUUACUGGUUAAUCUUAUUAUAAGACAGUGUUUGGUUAAGUAAUCUAUCAUAAAAUGCUAGUCAACAUUAUUAGCUCAUUAAGGAAUCAUAACACACUGAAACCAACACUAUUAGCAGCUAAUUAAUCUAUCAUUAUAAGAUACUGACUGACAUUAUUUCAUAGAAGCAUUUUCCAAAACAUUAAUUUCACCUCUUUAAAAAAAAAAAAAGCAAAAUGCAAUUUUUAAACAGUGUAUGAGUAUCAUUAGUAAUCAUGUAUAUAAUAUCCAUGUGUUUGGGCCAGGAUUGAAUUCGUUUUUUUUUUUUUUGUUUUUUUUUUUUUUUACAGAAAGGGCUUUACAUUUUUGUGGUAUAAGUUGAUCAGGUUAUUGGGACCCUAAAAAAGAAAAAAAAAACAAAACAAAUAAUGCAGUUAACAGUCCUGAAAACUUAUCUUUCACUGCUUGUAACUAAUCUAAAAUAAUCCAGGUAUAAAUUCAAUAACUUUAUUUUUGCUCAACAUCAGCCUCAUUGCAAUAUCAAAUAAAUGAUAGUGAUAAUAGAGUCAAAAUUCAGUCAGUUACAUUGGCUGACAUACAUGA